AGUGCGGCCGUCAGGGAUGGCGGCGUCCAGUGGGGCUGCCGCUGGUGGAGGUGGCGGAGAGGAAGGUGGCCUUGGGGAGCCAGGCGCAGCUGAGGUCCCGGCAGCUGGAGCCCCGCGCGGCGGGGCGUGAUCUUAGUCCCGGAGAGGCGGAGCCCAGGUUGGCUCGCAGCGCGGGUAGGAGGAGGUCACGUGAAUGUGGUCUGCCAGUUUUCAUCCUUUUCUUCUAUAAGCUGUCACCAUGACCCUGACAAAAGGUUCCUUCACUUACUCCAGUGGGGAGGAAUACCGUGGCGAGUGGAAAGAGGGACGCAGACAUGGUUUUGGUCAGCUGAUGUUUGCAGAUGGUGGCACCUAUCUGGGUCACUUUGAGAAUGGACUCUUUAACGGCUUUGGGGUACUGACCUUUUCAGAUGGCUCAAGAUAUGAGGGAGAGUUUGCCCAGGGCAAGUUUAAUGGUGUUGGAGUCUUCAUUCGACAUGACAACAUGACCUUUGAGGGGGAAUUUAAGAAUGGCAGAGUAGAUGGUUUUGGCCUGCUGACUUUCCCUGAUGGUUCUCAUGGAAUACCCCGCAAUGAAGGUCUGUUUGAGAACAAUAAGCUGUUGAGGCGUGAGAAGUGUUCUGCUGUGGUUCAGCGGGCCCAGAGUGCCUCCAAGUCUGCCAGGAACCUCACUGUCUGAUGGAGCUUUGGGCAUAGUUGGAAAAACAUCUGAAAAUCAAAAUCCCCUUGUUCACUUUAGGUGAACAAAUAACCAGAUAUGAGCAUGACCCUGGUGCCAAAGCCUGUGAGGUGUUCCACCACCUGCCAGUCAGGAAUACAGUCACAGAAAAGUGUGGAGAAUUUUGGCCCUCAGAUCCCACAGCAGUUGUGUGCUUCCCUGACCCUUCUGUGCUAGAGAACAGGAACUGCCUCUUCUUUGUUGGUACUUCCUGCUCCUAAGACCUUGGGUUACCCAUGCUGUGGUCUUCACGCCAUUUGCUGUCAAUGAAAUAGAAUCUCUUCAUUUUGCCUACACUUGGGGCAGAUGAUCCGAGCCUCGACUUAGGGCCAGUCCUACGUGCUGGAGAAAUGAGGAAGAAUAUAGGGGUGGCUUAGGUAGAAUAGUGCUGUUCAAUCAAAGCCUGAGCUCUUCUGGAGUCUGCUUCAGGCUGGUCUUUGUCUGUGCUUAUUCCCCCUGUGAAGGAUUCAGUAAAAGUACUGUUUUCUUCUCCCUCGAUGUUAUAAACUGUGUUCCUAGUCUGAGUUACAGCAGGUGAUUCAAUCCCCAUUUGUGCCUCUUUCUUCCCUUAGAUAUCAGACAGGAUCCCUUUAUGGUAAGAAACUAAUGUAAAAGCAAAUGUGUAACUUGUAUUCAUUACUGACCCCUGGGCAAAGCGUAGACCUCCAAGGCCCCUUCAGGCCUCCCAUGGAGUGACCUGAAGGCUUAAGCUGAGGGUUCUUUCCCAGUGCAUCAAUGAAUCAGACUCACAGCCCCUUGGGUGCUGGUACACUUAGGCUCCUCUUAGGCUUGUAUGAACUGAGCAUUUGCUCCUCACAUUUGGCUCAUUAACUCUUCAAGCAAGAGCCUUGGCCUUUAGGUCUGUGACAGAUUUUCUUGCUAAGAUCAUCACAAGCCUUCCAUUUAGCGCAGGUUCCAGCCCUAGCCCCAGCUCUCUCACCGAAUCUCCCUCAACAGCAGACUAGUGGAACUUAUAGCCGUGUGCCUCUAUUUAUUCUUUGAACUGCACUGUAGAAACAAGUGUUUAUAGAAAUAAACCAAACACCAGAACUGCCUA